GUUGAGUGAAUUCAAUUAUUCGCCCCUUAACCAUUGCCCUCUGCGGAUUGCAGUGUUUACGAAUCAGGGAAACCUAGCUUGAUGCUGGCGGAGCCUGAUCUAUUGAAGCAGGUUCUAGUCAAGGAUUUUUCAGCACUGCCCAACAGACGGGAGCACAAGUUUGACGAUCCAUUUCUCACUAACAUAAUGACACUUGCGCCUGUCGAACGCUGGAGAAAGAUACGCCAACUUGCUACGCCGGCAUUUUCAACGGGAAAGCUGAGGAAGAUGAAUGACUUAAUCCAGGACUGCGCAAGAGUUAACUCUAAGCAUCUCGCAAGAGCCGCAGAAGAAGGCAGGGACCUGGAUGUCAAACAGUUUUACGGACACUUCGCCCUCGACAUGAUUGCAAGAUGUGCCUUUGGCACGACGCUCGAUUCCUACACGGACGCCACGAAUGAGUUCGUAACUCAAGCGAGAAAGGCUUUCGCGGCGAGAAUCACGCCUCUGCUAGUGAUUAAAAUGCUACUUCACAACUUUGUCAAGAUUAUGAAGAUGAAAACAGUCGACGAAAAGGCUUUCCUGUACUUCAAGAGCAUCUGCCAGCGCAUCAUGAAGAAAAGAGCAGAAAACAAGCAGAGAAAAGAUGACUUUCUGCAACUGAUGAUUGAAGCUCGCGAAGGUUGUCUGGCACCCUGCGGCGAAAGCGGGGACGAUCCAGGGAAGAGCUUCUGUGAUGACGACAUGGAAUCGAAGUCGAAUGGCGCACCCAGCUCUAAAGUACUGACCGAGGACGAAGCCCUGGCCCAGUGCGUGCUGUUCUUCGUGGGCGGCCAGGAGACCACCGCGUCGACCGUGGCGUUCGCCGCACACCUGCUCGCCACACACCCCGAAGUGCAGGACAAACUCAGGCGAGAAGUGGACGAUUGCAUUUCGACGCACGGAGAGGAACCCAGCAUGGACGUGGUGUCGAAGCUCAAGUACAUGCAUUGUGUCGUCUCCGAAACGCUACGACUAUACCCUUCAGCUCCAAGGCUUGAGCGGUCGGCGCUCCAAGACUACGUGCUUGGUGAAACGGGAAUCAAGCUUCCCAAGGGCUGCACAGUCGUCGUGCCUGUCUACGCUCUCCAUCGGGACCCGGAGUACUUCCCGGAGCCAGAUGCUUUCAAGCCCGAGAGGUUCAGUGACGAAAACGUAGGCUCCAUCAGGCCUUACACUUAUCUUCCAUUUGGGGCUGGACCCAGAAACUGCAUCGGAAUGCGGCUAGCACUUCAUGCUGUCAAGGUCGCGUUGCUGCACUCUAUUCACAAGGUUCAGUUUGUUCGGACGGAGAAAACUCAGGUUCCACUAAAGAUGAAAAUUGGGUUCGGCGCCGUGACUGCCGAAGACAUGACCGUAGGGAUACGCAAGCGGCCGCACAAUUUUGCCUAAAAGCAUGAACAAGCUUGAAUGGUUAAAUAACAUGGAAAAUUGUCAUUUUUGUUUUCUUCAUGCUCAGUGACAAUGCAGUGUUUCCCUGUCCGGCGUCUCUCAAUAUCAGCAUUUAUUUAGUUUAAGCAU